AUGGAAGACUUCAAGAAGUAUCUUUGUGAUGCAGAUCUUUGGGACAUUCGGCCUAGAGAGGGGUGGUUUACUUGGUCAAGAGGAACUAAGGCCCAAUCCAUUAUCAAGGAACGUAUUGAUAGAUUUGUGGCUUCCAAUGACUGGCGAUUGAUGUUUCGCAACUGCUCGGUACUUACGGUUCCGACUACAAGUUCUGAUCAUUAUACUCUUUUCCUCAAUUUGAAGGGCUCUACAUCAGCCCGACCCCCUCACCAAGUCUGUGACCAGCUUUAUCAAGCUAAGGUGAAGCUUAAUGAAAUCAUUGACAAAGACGAGGCCUAUUGGAUCCAGAGAUCUCGGGUGGCAUGGCUUCGUGAAGGGGACUGGAAUACAACCUUCUUCCAUACGCCUACAAAUGGGAGGAAAAAGAAAAAUUAG